ACCCCUAGCUACAACCCCUAGCAGGAAGGGCUUGUCUCCUGUGCAGCGGCGGAAAGGGACAGAGCUGGGAGGGCGGGUGCGGAGCUCAGGCGGGGGCCGGAGGGACAGCCAUGCUUUUGUCGGGGGGUAAGCCCCCAGCGCAGGAAUGGUUCAUGGUGCAGACAAAAUCGAAGCCCCGGGUACAUCGGCAGCGGCUGCAAGUCCAGCGCAUCUUCAGGGUCAAGGUGACCGCUUUCCAGAGCCGGCCUGACACCCCUUACUUUUGGCUGCAGCUGGAGGGACCCCGGGAAAAUACGGGCAAAGCCAAGGAAUAUCUGAAAGGUCUGUGCAGCCCAGAGCUAUGGAAGGAGGUUCGCUACCCACCGGUCCUGCACUGCGCCUUCCUUGGGGCACAAGGCUUGUUCCUGGACUGCCUCUGCUGGAGUACCCUGGCCUACCUGGUGCCUGGUCCCCCUGGCUCCUUAAUGGUGGGUGGGCUGACUGAGUCUUUUACCAUGACGCAGAAUUGGCUGGAGGAGCUGGUGGCACGGCUGCGCUGGGGCCCCGCCCCAAUGAUCACCCCCCGAGGGGUUUGGGAGACAGAGGUGACCCGGGCUUUUGGGGCUCUGGUGUGGAUCCGUGGUGGCAAGUAUGCAGGAGACUUGCUGCAGCUUCCUCCAGCAGUCCAGGAGCUGCUUCUCAGUCUGGUCCGCGACGCUGCUGGCAAGGAAGACAUCAUAGAGUGGCUCGGCCACUUUGGCAUCUCUGGUUCUUGCCCCAACCCGGAGAUCCUGAUCUGCCUUGCCCGGCAGCAGAAGGAAGGCUCAUCCCUGGUGACCAUAAGAGAGAGCCCUGGAACCCUCCAAGAGAUAGGAACCUUGAAUCGGGCUUCAGAAAAUUCAAAGAGAUCAACAAGUUCAGGAGCAGCUGGGUCCCUGCUCCCAGCUCAGAGCGCUCCGCAGGAGACAGCACACCAGCUAGCACGGGACCAGUCCAACAAGCAAGGUGAUGAUACGAACAAUGUUGGAGAGGAAGGGGCUACUACACAAGACACCAGCAGCCAGGACUCUGAGAACCACACACAAUCCCUCUUGCAGCAAAGGCAGGUACAGAAGACGGAAGACAGAAUCUCAUUGCUGUCUCCAGUGUCAGCUCUGAGCGAGUACACGUCCUGGAAGGCCUGGGCCCCUGGGCCAGGUUUUGGGCCCUCUUGGCCAGGGACCAUUGCUGCCACCUUCUGGAAGAUCAAUGAACUGCAGUCUCUUCACCUAGCCUGGCUCCUGUCUCAGGCUUGUUUCAAUUUCCCCUUCUGGCAUAGGCCCACGGGCCCCAUUCAGCUGAAGCUGCCAGGACAGAAUCCCUUGCCCUUAAAGCUGGAAUGGAAGCAGAAAGUGCUGGCUCCUCUGCCCAGUGCAGAAAGCCCAGCUUGCAGACCAGAUGGGGAGCUAGGAAGGGAGACGGCCCUAAAGCCUAGCCCGAGGCCGGAGAUCCCCACCAAAGUCAUCAAUUUUUCAGUCGUGCCAGGGCAUUGUGGUAUCAAAGAGAAGGUUGGCCCAGGACCAUCUUCAACAUCUGUACCCCCAGCUGGAGCUGAGCAGAGAGCUGAAGUAAGUGCACUGUCAGAUUGUAAAGGCCUGGAAAAAUUGUCCUCUUUAGCACUAUCUACAGAGCAAGGGGGACUCACAACUCAAGAGAGGCCACUGGCUCAAGCUGGGAUGACAGGUCACUCAGUACGUGAAGCACCAACGAUGUCUGAGAGUCUGGAAGUGGCCACAGCUGCAGAGGUGUCCAACGUUGAACACCCACCCACCCAGGAGAGGCUGCCUGCAAGCCCCAAAGUGCCUACAGCCCUAAAGAAGCCUGCAGUGUACACAGAGCCUACAGCUCCCAAAGUGCCUUCGGCUCCAACAGAACCAGCAGCCCCUGUGGUGUCCACAGUCCCCAAAGCAGCUGCGGAUCGUCCCGCAGCUCCUGCCAUGCCCACGGCCCCCCAAAUUCCUACAGCUCAGAAGACACCUUUGGUGAAAACACCUGCAGGCCCCCAGACCCCCAAAGCGCCUGCAGCUUCUAAUGCCUCCAGAGCUGCUGAACCCCCAGAAGCUCAGGUGUCUGCAGUUGCAGGGCCGACCGUAGAUGUCACCAAACUCCUGAGUGAGGUUCAGGCUUCAAAGAGUAGAGCCACCACCAUGCUGAAGGGCCAGGGAAAGGCGGGACGGCAGGGUUUCCAGCCUAGUGGCACCAUGGCAUCCAGGAGUAAGCAUCCGUUCCUGAAGGAAGGGCUUCUUGGGGCUUGGGAGGGGUCCCAGAGGCUGUCACCUCACUCCCAGGGCACCAGCAUAGUGACCAGCUUCCAGAGGUACAACGAGGCCUUGAAUAUACCCUUCGAGAUGAACUUGUCUGAGGAGCCUGGAAAUCCAGGGCUGAGGAGAGUGGUCAUUGACGGCAGCAGUGUGGCCAUGGUACAUGGCCUGCAGCACUUCUUCUCGUGCCGAGGCAUCGCCAUGGCCGUGCAGUACUUCUGGAACCGCGGACACCGAGAGAUCACCGUGUUCGUACCCACCUGGCAGCUGAAGAAGAACCGGAGGGUGAGAGAGAGCCACUUUCUGACGAAGCUCCACAGACUCAAGAUGCUUUCUAUCACUCCCUCCCAGCUGGAAAAUGGCAAGAAGAUCACCACUUACGAUUACAGGUUCAUGGUAAAGCUGGCAGAGGAGACAGAUGGAGUCAUUGUCACUAACGAGCAGAUCCAUGUCCUAAUGAAUAGUUCUAAGAAACUGAUGGUCAAAGAUCGCCUGCUACCCUUCACCUUUGCCGGGAGUCUCUUCAUGGUACCAGAUGACCCCCUAGGUCGAGACGGCCCCACCUUGGAGGAAUUUCUCAAGAAGCCAAACAGGUUGGACAUGGACAUUGGCAAUUUCUUGAAGGUGUGGAAGACCCUCCCUCCCAGCUCAGCCAGUGUCUCUGAGCUGAGUGAUGAUGCUGGGGCUGAACCUUUGGAGGAUCCACAGGAUGUAGAAGAAGAGGGCAAGGGGGAGGAAAGCCUGGAAGAGGAGCUGAUGGAGGAGUCAGGCAUUCCAAAGCCUGAUGAAGAAGAUGAGCAGGACUCUAACCCCGUGUCGGUGUUUGGGAUCGAGUGCCCUUCCUUCUCCGAGGAAAUCCUCCAGUGUCUCAGCCUGCAUGACCCCUCUGAGGGGGCUUUAGACAUCGACCUUCUGCCUGUGGUGUCCUCUCCGUACUUGGACGUCCCCUGGGAUGGGAAGGCUCCCUGUCAGCAGGUUCUGGCCCAGCUGGCGCAGCUCACCAUCCCUAGCAACUUCACGGCACUGUCCUUCUUCAUGGGCUUCAUGGAUUCCCACCGGGAUGUUAUCCCUGACUAUGAAGUCCUCGUGGGCCCCCUGCAUGCCCUCCUCAAGCAGAAGCCGGACUGGCAGUGGAACCAGGAGCAUGAGAAGUCCUUCCUGGCCCUGAAACGAGCCCUAGUGUGCGCCCUCUGCCUGUCCAUCCCCAACCCUAACCUGCCCUUCUACCUGGAGGUGACCGUCAGCCAAGUGUCACUGACGGCCAGCCUGCAUCAGGAGUACUCAGGAAGGAAGCACCCCAUCGCUUAUACCUCAAAACCUCUCCUCCCCGAUGAGGACAGUGAGGGUCCUCAGUCAGGGGGAGACAGCCCCUAUGCUGUGGCUUGGGCCCUCAAGCAUUUUUCUCGUUGCGUUGGAGACAAUCCAGUGGUUCUACGUCUUUCCUAUGCCUCUCGGACCACUGUGGAUAAUGAGGCAUGGGAUAGCCGUAGGGCUUCCAAGGCAUGGUUAAUUCGAUGGUCUCUCUUGCUGCAGGACAAAGGCAAGAGGGAAUUGGAAUUGUCCCUUCUCCAGGGCCUGCUGGGGGAAAACCAGCUGCUGACACCCCCUUCCUCAAUGCCUCGAGUUUUCCAGCUUCUGCCUCCUCCUUCUGACCUGUCUACUUUUAUCUGUGUCCAUGUGUCUGGCUAUUGCUUCUACCGGGACGACGAGUUGUGUGCUGGUUUUGGUCUCUACAUCUUGUCCCCCACCAGCCCUCCAGUCUCCCUUGCUUUUUCCUGUUCCCCCUACACAUCCACAUACGCCCACCUGGCAGCCGUGGCCUGUGGCCUAGAGCGCUUCGCCCAGUCCCAGUUCCCGGUGGUUUUCCUCACCCACUGCAACUGGAUCUUCAGUGUUCUCUGGGAGCUCCUGCCACUCUGGAGAGUCCGGGGCUUCCUGUCGUCUGACGGGGCUUCACUACCUCAUCCAAGCCUGCUCUCCUACAUCAUAUCUCUCGCGUCUGGCUUCUCACCUCUUCCCUUUAUCUACCGAACCUCUUAUCGGGGAUCUCUGUUUGCUGUGACAGUGGACACUCUGGCCAAGCAGGGUGCCCAAGGGGGUGGGCAGUGGUGGGAUUUGCCAAAGGAUGUGCCAGUGCCAACAGUGACUCCCCAUCCUAAAGGCAGGAAGCCCAACUUGCUGGCCUUACAGCUGAGUGAUGGCACCCUGGCCGAUAUCAUUGCCAAGUUGCAGGCAGGGCAGAAAUUGUCUGGGCCCUCCCCUUUCAGUUCUGCCUUCAAUUCACUAAGCCUGGACCAAGACAGUGGCCUGCUCAUGUUCAAGGGGGAAAAGCAUCCCAAGGUUUGGGUAGUCCCAAGGCAACUUCGGAGGGAUCUGAUUUUCUCUGUGCAUGACAGCCCCAUGGGCGAGCACCAGGGGCUGGAGGACACUUAUAAGACGGUGAGGCUGCUGGGGUGGUGGCCUGGAAUGCAGGAGCACGUGAAAGAUUACUGCAGGAGCUGUUUGUUCUGCAUUCCCCGGAAUCUCAUAGGGGGGGAGCUGAAAGUCAUCGAGUCCCCAUGGCCUCUCAGGUCCACCGCUCCCUGGUCUAGUCUGCAGAUUGAGGUGGUGGGUCCUGUCACUGUCAGUGAAGAGGGUCAUAAGCACGUGCUCAUCGUGGCUGAUGCCAACACCCGGUGGGUUGAGGCAUUCCCUCUGAAGCCCUAUACGCAUGUGGCUGUGGCCCAGGUGUUACUGCAGCAUGUGUUUGCAAGAUGGGGUGUUCCCAUAAGGCUGGAGGCAGCCCAAGGCCCCCAGUUUGCCCGGCAUGUUCUGGUGAGUUGUGGGCUGGCCCUUGGAGCCCAAGUGACUACACUGAGUAGGGCCCUCCAGUUCCCAUGUCUGAUGAGUUCAGAGGCCUACUGGGAAUUCAAGAGGGCCCUGAAGGAGUUCAUCUUUCUGUAUGGCAAGAAGUGGGCAGCCUCUCUGCCCUUGCUGCACCUGGCUUUUAGAGCCUCCACCACGGAGGCCACACCGUUCCAGGUGCUGACUGGGAGUGAGAUGAGGCUGAUGGAGCCCUUGUGGUGGGAGAUGAGCCGGGCGAACAUUGAAGGGCUCAAGAUGGAUGCUUUCUUGCUGCAGCUGAUGCGGGAGCUGUUGGACCUCCACUGGAGAGUGGCCGAAAAGGCCAGCGAGAAGGCUGAGAAUAGGCGUUUCAAGAGGGAGAGCCAGGAGAACGAGUGGAGCGUGGGUGACCAGGUCCUCUUGUUGUCUCUCCCCAGGAAUGGUAGCAGUGCCAAAUGGAUGGGUCCUUUCUAUAUUGGGGACCGGUUGAGCCUGUCACUCUAUAGGGUGUGGGGCUUCCCAGUCCCAGACAAGCUGGGCUGUGUCUAUCCUAGCAGUCUAAUGAAGGCCUUUCCCAAGCAUGACACACCCCUGUCCCUUGACUUGGAGCAAUGAGUUAGAGUAGCCGGAGAGCUGCCUGCUCUAGGGGUCCCGUAUUUCUGCUGCUAGUCCCCCUUUCUCAUCUGAGCAGUGCUCUCAGCUCUUCAGGGCCCCUCAGUUGUGCCUUUUGCGGAGAAGUUGCUUUGUAAAGCUUUGUUGAAUUGCCUUGAGCUAGGGAUGAAUGUCCCUAUAACACAUUCCCAGAUAGGGGUGUUUGGAGGAAGUGCCAGAGGUUGUCCUGUGGGGGUCUUUGGCAGUUUUACACUCAGGAGCAUGAGUCUCCUUAACAAGGUAGGCUGGGCUCACGACCUUCCCCAAGUGCCACCUUUCCCCUCUUACACACUUAGGCGUGUAUUGGUGUGUGCAUCCCUCCCCAGUGGCUUACAUCCAACACAUUACAAUUAAGAGUGUGGAUUUGGACCCCCGGGGGGGGGGUAUCAUGGCUCUCUCCCAUGUGAGUGCCUCCCCUGACACCCUGCAUCUGGCAAGCCUUUGCCCUCGGAGUUCUCAGUGGUAUAGACACUGGCAGCAAAAAGGUAGCAGUUCUCCAGUCAGCCUCCUUUGCCAGCACUGGGACCGCUGUUAAGAAAGGGUUGUAGCCUUCCCAUGCCUCCAGGAUGCUGGCUCUGGGUGGUGGUGACCAGCCUUAAGCCACCUAUCUGUUUGUAAGGGGAGGUGGGAGGGGAUAAAUUGGCCUACCUCAUUUGAUUCCAGUCGACAGAGAUGAUUCCUGACCCCUGCUGUGAUGGUGAUCACCUCACAGGAAUCAAGGACCUUGAUACCAAGCGUGGCAUCUGUACUGGAAGAGCUGCUUCUAUUAGGUUAGGUUCAGUGGUGUUCACACUCUGCUUCAAGGGGAGGGCAUUCUGACGUGGGUAGUUUGACACCUGGUCCGGCGCUGGGUGGCUUUUCCUCUUGCUCCUCUGACUCCUCACCCCCUGCCAAAGUUCACAAUCCUCCCCUGCCUACAGUAUACCCAUCUCCUUCGAUGGGAUGGCUUUGUCCUGGUCGGCUGCAGUACCCGAAUCUGCCUCUGUGUGGCGCUCCCUUACAGCCGGCGUGCGGAGCUCACUCUCGCAACGUGAGUGGACCUCUCAUAAUCACGAGGGUUGAUUCUCACUGUUCUGCAUUUCCGCACAGCCCAGCUGACCGUCUGGAGGGAAAGGCCAGCACCAGGCCACUCUAGCUCGGAUUCCUAGUAGCUCAUUUCUCGAGGAGCCGAUCCAGUUUGUCUGGCUGAACUCAGGUUGCCAGACAGGACACUGCAGAAUGCUGGGUCCUGAGAAGUUCCCAUUGAGCUCAGCUUCUUUCACAGCAGAGGAAAAAGGGAAACGACUUACCCACAGUCACACAGCUAGUUGGUGACUGAGCUGGGACCCGGAUGAACCUUCCUGACUUCAAGUUCACCACGCUAGGGGUUCUAGCAACAUGUUUAAGCUUGAGAAUCCUUUCAGAUUUUGUACCUCUGUUCCCUUUGAUGCCAUUUCCUAACCCUUCUAGAAAAACUACCUGGAUGCUGUUCUUCAGCCAAUCCAGCUAUCAGCCCUGCCCAGGAACGAAUGCUGAGUGCUUUCCAGGAUGCUGAAAGGUUAGCUGUAGAUUUUUUAGCAGGUACUGUAUUUCUUCACACGGCCUCACCUUUGUCUCUCCCUCCCCUGCCCCCCAUCCCCUUUGUAAAUUAGUUAGUCUCACUCUCCGACCCCAGGGCUAUAUUCAAACCCCUCUUCCUGUUAAGUACAAUUUUGAUUAUAUGCUCUUUCAAGUGAUUUUUAUUUUUCAAUAAAUCAAUUAAAAUGGA